GUUAGGUUUAGAAAAAAUUGAAAAAAAAAUUAUAAUGUACGUAACACUUUGAUAAACAAAGAAUUAUCUAAAGAUUAAGAAAACAAAUCGUUAUGUUAAAAUUGAUCUAAACAAUGUACUUUUUCAUAAUUUGCGAAAUUUUGAAAUAUUAAAACUCUGUUUAAAAUUUUAUUAUUUUAAUAAUUUUGAGAAGAGAUAUUAAAAUAAUAAAUAUAUAUCUAAUAAUUAAUACACAAUAAUUAAAUUUGAAAUUAAGAGUUUUUUCAACGUAGGUAGCUCUAAGUAUCGAUUACACAAAGUAUCGAUAUUAUACUAACAAAAUUACCUAUAUUUCCUAUUUAUAUUUCUUAUUUAGAAUUGUUUCUUUUUUUUACAUUUAAACUGGCUUACGAGAGCUGUGUUAGAAUGAUUUUACAAACACCAAUUACAUUAACAUAAUUAAUUUAUUCCACACAAAAUUGUUUUAAAAACAAAAUUUAUAUUGCCUCCAAACCGUUGUCUCUAAUCUUUUUUCCAUUAAAAAAUUAAUUAAUAAUUCUACAUUAGCAAAACAAUAAAUAUUAAAUAUUAAAUAAAUCUGUAAUGAAUUAUUGUUGCUUAAAAAUUUUUUAUUUGUAUAAAUAAUAAUUCUUUUGACUAAUUUAUUACAGUCAGUAACACUUUGAUGUAAAAGUCAUGUGAACUGUUUGCUGUAUAUUUGUCGGUUUGAAACAUAAUUUUUGAAACAUAGGAUCUCUUAUUAAAAAAAACUCUAUCACUCUAUGUCGAAAUAAUUUCCAAUUUUAAGAUCUCAAGUGAAAGUUCUGUAUAUUUUAAAGUCAGAAAAAAGAAAAUUUUUUGUCGACUUCAAUUAAAUCAUAUAUUGUUCUAUUUCAAAUAAAAUUACACUUGAAUUUCUCAAAAUCAAAUUGUAAACGAUUUAAUCUCGAGACAGGAAGGAGGAAUCAUUUUAUCCACAAGUGCCGAAGUUUGGUGUACUUCAAGUCUUCUUUGCGUCAAACAUUUAUCACUCGUCAUUUUUUACGAUAGUAAUAAUCUCGUCUAAAAAAAAAAAAAAAUGACAAAUGUGUUACGUUUUCUACUCAAAACGACAGGUAAUCGCUCUUAUCGGUAAUGAUAAUAGAGAAUACAUGUAAUGUGUUGUGGCUACGUGCAAAGUGUGAUGAAUGAUAUCGCGAUUUAAUGUCCAAGUCGGUGAACGAGAGAAAGAGACGCAGUCCACAUAUUCGCGGAAGUGCAAAAGAUCGUAGAUCUCUCGCGCGAAAUCUCUGGCUCUUUUAAAACACCGAUAGAACUCACGUAACGCUUUGAUGAUAGUGCACGUGCGAGAUACAACUAGAAGUCAUUUUUCAGCUUUUUGAAAACGUACAAUAAAUUAUUGACAUCGAUUUGCUAUAAUUGCUACGACACACUGCAAGAAUUCUUGUAUUGCAAAAGGAAAACGAUGCCCACUGCCAGUAACUUGAUAAAGGAUUUGCCAAAGGGACCGCUAGAUGCUUAUAGAAAACGAGCAACGUUCGACUGGAAGUCGUUCAAAUUAUCUUUAGAGGGAGAAGAUCGCAUACGGUAUCAGACAAAAUUAUGGCAACUUUUCGAGACCCAUCCAGCAUUUCAAAGGUUGACAGGAUCAACUAAUUUGGAUGAAAUGCGAAGACGCUGCAACAGUCAAACGCAAGUACUCCGCGAGAAUGGCAUAGAUCCAAUUGGAGAUGGUGACUUUUAUUUUCAUCUUAUGCAAUACGAUCCAUCGUUAGCAAUAUGCACGCAUAUCUUAUAUAGCAUGGUACCAAAUGCCGUAUUAUCAUUAGGUAGCAGUCAACAUCAACCUCUUGUAGCAGAAUUUAGCAGUGGAAACUAUGUCGGUUGCUUUGCUCUGACUGAAAUUUCUCAUGGAACUAAUGCAAACGGCAUACGAACCAGAGCAACAUAUGAUGUAACAACAAAAAGUUUCAUUCUUCAUUCACCUGAUUUUGAAGCUGCAAAAUGUUGGGCGGGUGGUUUAGGAAAAUGCGCAACGCAUGCCGUCGUAUAUGCGAAACUAAUUACACCAGACGAAGUGAAUCGUGGCCUGCACAUUUUCGUUGUGCCAAUUCGCGAUCUAAAAACUCAUCUACCUUUUCCCGGUGUUACUGUUGGUGAUAUGGGUGAAAAAAUAGCACUUAAUGGAGUGGAUAAUGGUUUCCUCAUGUUUGAUAAUUACUCUAUACCACGUAGCUGUCUGUUGAAUCGCACCGCGGAUGUUAGCGAAGAUGGAAAGUAUGUCCUCGCUAUAAGGGAUGAACGAAAAAGAUACAGCUCGUCGUUAGGCGCACUCUUAGAAGGCCGCGUCUAUAUUACUGGAGUAUGUGCGCAAUAUAUGACCACUGCAAUAACAAUUGCCAUACGUUAUUGUGCAGUUAGAAAACAGUUUGGUCCUACUAAAGAUAAUGAAUUGCCAAUCAUAGAAUAUCAAACGCAACAAUGGCGAAUUAUUCCUCGUUUAGCCGAAACAUACGCCGUAAAAAUAUUUUCAAUGAUGUUGUUCAAAAAUCAAAAUGAUCUUAAAACGAUGCGCUUCAUGGAUGAGAAUGGAGAUUUGACUGCCGAUUUAGGAAUGGAGAUGCACGCGUUGUCAUCUGCAGGAAAACCAUUAUGUGCGUGGAUUGCCCGUGACGCGAUUCAAGAUAGCAGAGAAUCUUGCGGUGGACACGGCUACUUAAAAAUGUCUCGUUUGGGUGACAUAAGAAAUCACAACGAUGCAAACUGCACGUAUGAAGGGGAAAACAAUGUACUUAUUCAGCAAGCAAGUAACUGGUUAUUAAAUCAAUGGACUAAUGUAAUUAAAGGACAAUCUGUGCCGUCACCACUUAAUUCCGCGGAUUUUCUAAUGAAUGCAGAACAAAUACUUUGCAUCAAAUUUAAUGAAACCAUAGUGGAAAAUGUACUAAAUCCUGAAAAUUUGCUCCUAAUAUUUAAAUGGUUGGUAUGUUAUUAUUUAAAAAAAACAUAUCAUCGUAUGAUGGUACUUAAAUCAAGCGGAAUGUCCGAUUUUGAUAUAAAAAAUAAUAUCCAAACAUUUCUAGCGCGAACCUUAUCUCUUGUAUAUGCAGAGCAUGCAGUAAUGUUAUAUUUUAUCAGAUGUGUACAAGAUCCAAAAUGGAAAACAAACGAAAGAGAGGUACUAACAAAAUUAUGUUCUUUAUUCGGAGCGGUAACAUUGGAGAAGAGAUUGGGAGAUUUAUAUGGUGGUGGUUAUGCCUCUCCUAACAGUAACAUAGAUAGUCUUUUGCGGGAAGGAAUUAUAAUACUAUGCAGAGACUUAGUGGACAAUGUUGUUCCGUUAGUUGACGUACUGGCACCGCCAGACUUUGUUCUUAAUUCUGCUUUAGGAAUGUCCGAUGGCGAGAUAUACAAACACAUGAAGGAAUGGAUAUUUCAAGACAAACAGAACUUGGAACGUCCAUCAUGGUGGAAUGAAAUUCGAUCUAAAUUAUAACAUUGCAGAUAUUAACAAGAAAUAUUCAUACUAUUUUACAUUUAUGUAUUUAGAUUAUUUUUAAAAUCUAUAAUAAUUUGAAACAAAUGCGCAAGUUUAUUUAGAAUUGUGCAUAUAUUAAUAUUGAAAUAAUUUGUUAUUUACAAUAAUAAUUAGUAGUUAUCUAUAAUAGUUCUUCAAUAUCGAUUGUUAAUUUCUUGUGAUAAGUAAUGCUUCAAUAUUACAGUUAUUAAAUUUUUAAUAUACAAUUUAAAUGAAGAGAGAAAAAAUUUUUAUACGUUAUUAUAAAGAUAUUUCUAUAUUGUUAUAAGAAUGUUUAUUUUAUAUAUAUGUGUAUAUAUGU